CGUUCCCAAUGACAGGCUGGUCAAGCUCUGCUUGCUGUUAGACAUGCGCGAUUGGCACUAACAUCAACAAAGAACACGUUCCGCAACCCCCACCCCAGGCUGUCUCAGAGCUUUGCACUCGCGCCAAGGCUACUGCUCGCUCGCUGGCCUCCAGCCUUCCGUUUCUCCCUCUUCCGAAAGCUAAGGGGUGAAGCGAGCAGUUGACCUGUGUGCAGCCCCAGGCAGCUGGAGCCAGGUGCUGAGCCAGAAGAUCGGGAACCAGGGCUCUGGCCAUGUGGUGGCCGUGGACCUCCAGGCCAUGGCUCCUCUGCCAGGUGUCAUACAGAUCCAGGGGGACAUCACCCAGCUGUCUACUGCCAAGGAGAUUAUCCGGCACUUCGAGGGCAGUUCUGCGGACCUAGUGGUGUGCGACGGGGCUCCUGAUGUCACUGGCCUCCACGACGUGGAUGAGUACAUGCAAGCCCAGCUCCUCCUAGCUGCUCUGAAUAUCGCCACACAUGUCUUGAAGCCAGGAGGCAGCUUUGUAGCCAAGAUCUUCCGAGGUCGGGAUGUGACACUGCUUUAUAGCCAGCUGCGUGUCUUCUUCUCCAACGUGGUCUGUGCCAAGCCCCGAAGCAGCCGCAACUCAAGCAUUGAGGCCUUCGCGGUCUGUCGUGGCUAUGAUCCUCCUGUGGGCUUCCUCCCGGACCUGUCCAAACCCCUGCUGGACCAUUCCUAUGAUCCUGAUUUCAACCAGUUGGAAGGCCCCACCCGCAUCAUUGUGCCCUUCGUGACCUGUGGGGACCUGAGCGCCUAUGAUUCCGACCGCAGCUACCCUCUAGACUUAGAGGACGGCUCGGAGUACAAGUACACUCCACCCACGCAGCCACCCAUCUCACCACCGUACCAGGAGGCCUGCACAUUGAAGAAGGAGGGGCGGCUGGCCAAGGAGAUCCGCCCCCAGGACUGCCCCAUCAGCACAGUGGACACGGUCACCCAGCCCCUGGCCAUCCCACCUCGCCAUCCCCUGCUAGUCUCUGAGGAGGAAGAGGAUGAAGAUGACGAUGACGAUGAGGAGGAGGAGGAGGAAGAAGAAGAAGUGGAAGAAAUGAAUUGUUCUCCGUAACUGGUUAUGAUCAAAGCCAACAAACAUACAACUCAGAAGCUGUUUGCUCUCAGGAAAGCCAAAAGGAAGUUGCAUCAAUGAACUUGUUUUCAACUAUCAUCUCCUCAAAAGUUGUCCCAAACAUACCCACCCCGUAUAGGAACCGAACUGGCAACCGUCGCUACCAUGAAAACAGCAAGGAAAGAAGAAGCACAUGAUGUCCAUCUCCACUGCAGAAGGGAUUCUUGAGUGAAGUCUUGCCUCUUCUCUAAAACUUCCCAUGGGUGUCCUGAUUAGGUCCAGAAUUCUCUCUGGCAGUUGGGGGGGGGGAGUCACAGCCCUGAAAAGAAGUCAGAGAGCAUCCCGACAUCUUUCUUGUUCGCUAAUGUAACAGCAAGUGGAGCUUAACUCCCAAAUGAGAACGCUGGCAACAAGUCACAGUAGUGACAGCAGCGUCAGCAAAUUCCCCAUCAGUACCAAUCUCAGUUUCUUUCCAUGGAAGAUUCCAGUUCCUGAGGGCAGCCAUGAGUGAGACACUAGGCACAUUCAUCACUACUCUGAGUCAUAGGAAAUCUGGCUGUCUGAGCAACUCAGUUAAAAAAAAAAAAAAAGAAAGAAAAGAAAAGAAAAAAAAAGAAGGGGGAAAAACCCCAUGUUGUUUCCUCUAAAUAUGCUAAUAUUCUCUAGUGUUAUUAAGAUAUAACUGAUACCUUGUGUUGUGUAAGUUUGACGUGUGCAGCAUAGCUAUUUGAUAACAUGCAUACUGUGAAAUGUGUAGCAGUAAGCUUAGUCAACAUCUGUCAGCUAUGUGGUCACAUAUAGAGUCACAGAUUUUUUUUUCCCCUUCAUGAAGGGAACUGUUAAUGAUGUGU